AUGGGCCUGGUUGACAGUAAUGCGAGCUUCGGGAAAGCAGCAAUACGGCCAAAGGACAAGGCAGCAGGGAUUGGAAGAGAUGAUGAGAUAGAGAGCUGGUUCCAGCGGCGCGUUAAGCAGCCAUUCGAUACGAUAUAUCAACAAUAUUUCGUGGCACUCGUACUGCGUCAGAGGCCACUGCCGCCCUCGAAAGAUGGACGACAUAUUCCUCUGAAUCUACUGUACCAAUCUGACCUGAUAGAUGAACGGCGAGGUCAUGGCUAUCUCAAUAACAGCAUUCGCUCUUCGCGCUACACCGUCUGGGACUUCCUACCUAAGCAGCUUGCCUUUCAGGCUACUCGGCUACACAACUUUUACUUCAUCUGUAUUGGCGUGCCUCAGACGAUUCCAGGCCUGAGUACUACUGGAAACUACACCACUAUCCUGCCAUUGACAUUCUUCAUCCUCUUGACAGUCGUGAAGGAAGCCUAUGAUGAUUAUUGCAGACAUCGUAUGGACAAGGUGGAGAAUAGACAGCUUGCUACAGUUUUGAGGGCCAAGAGCGUUCGUGAGCAUAACGAGUCAUGCGGCACAAAGCUGGGCAAGUGGAAGUCUUGGGGUGACAGUAUACCACGGCUUGGCAAGGUUUCACGGCAAACGACCGAUGAACCUGUGGAGAAGGAGUACGAUGUGGACGAUGAUCUUGAGUGGGCAAAGAUCCAAUGGCACGGCAUAAAGGUUGGCGAUGUGGUGAAGCUACGCCGCGACGAGGCUAUUCCUGCAGACAUUGCAUUGUUAUACGCCGACGGUGAAAGUGGUGUCGCCUACAUCGAAACCAUGGCUCUGGACGGCGAGACGAACCUCAAGAGCAAGCAAUCGCCUCACGUCCUGCAAAGCAAUUGCGCCACGAUAGCCGGUAUCCGUUCUCUAUCAGCCGCCUUCGUGAGUGAGGAUCCAAAUCGUGACCUCUACGACUUCCAGGGUCGCGUCACAGCCGAGGACGCCAGUCUGCCGUUGGGUCUGAACGAGAUCGUCUUCCGCGGAUCAGUGCUACGCAACACAAAACAUGCCAUCGGACUUGUACUGAACAGUGGCGAGGAGUGCAAGAUCCGCAUGAAUGCCAAUCACCACCCAAAAGCCAAGAAGCCACGCCUUGAGCGCUACGCCAAUCAGGUCGUUCUUACACUCAUCAUCUACGUCGUUCUACUUUCUGUUGGUGUCAGCAUGGGCUACUUGAUGUGGCAUCAGAACUUCGAAAUCAAUGCCUGGUACCUUAACAAUGCAUAUGUCAGCUUUGCUGAGAUCAUUGUUGGUUUCCUGAUUAUGUUCAACAACGUGAUCCCUCUCGCUCUUUACGUGAGUUUGGAGAUCGUGAAGAUUGGCCAGAUGCUUAUGAUUCAGAACGAUGUGGAGAUGUACGAUUCCGCGAGCAACAGGCGGACGGUGUGUAAUACUAACACGAUCCUCGAAAAUCUUGGCCAAGUCAGCUAUAUACUGAGUGAUAAGACCGGGACGUUGACGGAGAAUGUGAUGAACUUUCGUGGACUGAGCAUUGGCGGCAUAGCUUUCACGCAUAGUCUCAAAUCGAAAGGACGAGCCAGCAGUGUUGGUCGACCAAGUAUGGCAUCUCACAGCACUGAGCAAAGGGCUGUAGAUGGUGCGCAAAGGCCGAGCCUGGGCAAGGUCAGCUUCACGGUCGACACGUACGAGAUGGAGCCGCUUGAAGCCGGACCAAGCAACAGCCGGCCAAGCCUACAGCAUAGGCAAUCUUCGAGCGCAAUGUCACGAACUUCAAGACAGUCGCGCAAUGACUCUUUCAGUACCCACGAGCUGCUCGACUACAUUCGCGAUCACCCUUCUGCACCAUUGUCUCAGAAGGCACGAAGCUUCCUUCUGGCAAUGGCGCUCUGCCACACGGCACUACCAGAGACUGUCGCCGAUGGCUCCACGACAUUCCAGGCCUCUUCUCCCGAUGAGCUAGCACUUCUGCAGGCCGCGCAGGAACUUGGCUAUUUGCUCAUACAGCGGUCGUCACAGAUUAUCACACUGUCGAAGACCAACGCAAAUGGUCUCGCCGAACGCGAAUCAUACGAGAUUCUCGAUGUCGUUGAGUUCAGCAGCAAGCGAAAGCGCAUGUCUAUCGUGGUCCAAUGUCCAGACGGGCGUAUCUGGCUUUUAUGCAAAGGCGCAGACAGCAUGAUCGUGCCUCGUCUGAGAAAUGCCGCGCUUGCCAGUCGCAAAAGCCACGAAGUGCGGCGUAGUAUCCAGGACGAGCGCGAGCACGUCAGACGAAGUGAGCAGAUGGAGCCGAGAAACAGCUUCGGUGCGAGGCCGAGCAUGACUUUGAGGCGCAGGAGCUCGAUUGACAUUCGACCGGUAGCGCAAGCGAUCGGCAAGAAGAGUUUCAAUCUUGAGGUGCCGAAAGGCGGUCAUCAAGUCAGGGUACAAACGAAGUCACUUGAUGUCCCUCGCUCAUCGAGCCACGACAUGAAUGCUUUGAGUAGUCCGGAUGUAAUUGACGAUGCCACAGUUCUCACUCGCUGCUUUAAACACCUAGACGACUUCGCCACACAGGGCCUACGCACUCUGCUGUUUGCCGACAAGACCAUUCCCGCAGAAGAGUACGCUGGCUGGAAGAAGCUGUACCAGGACGCAAGCACAUCACUAAGCAACCGCCAGGAACGUAUCGAAGCCGCAGCAAAAACGAUCGAGCAAGGCCUUGAGCUUCUCGGCGCUUCUGCCAUCGAAGACAAGCUUCAAGAAGGUGUACCAGAAACCAUAGACAAGCUCCGUCGCGCCAAUAUCAAGAUCUGGAUGCUCACCGGCGACAAGCGCGAGACUGCCAUCAACAUCGCUCACUCUGCUCAAAUAUGCAAGCCGGAGUCUGAAAUGUUCAUCAUAGACAGCCACAAAGGCAACCUAGAGAAUCAACUCAACGAAGCAACGAUGGACAUCCGCUCCGGCUGUCUCCAUAGCGUCCUUGUCAUUGAUGGCCACACUCUCAGCGAAGUUGAUGUCGAUCCAACACUAAAGCACACCUUCUACGCACUCAUACCUCUAGUGUCCUCUGUCAUUUGCUGCCGAGCCAGUCCUGCCCAGAAAGCAGGAAUAGUCAGAGCAAUUCGGCAUCGCAUCCCGACCGCUCUUACGCUAGCUAUUGGUGAUGGCGCGAACGAUAUUGCCAUGAUACAGGCCUCUCAUGUCGGCUUUGGCAUAAGCGGGAAAGAAGGACUCCAAGCUGCUCGUGUAGCAGACUAUAGCAUCUCCCAGUUUCGCUUCCUUCAGCGUCUGUUACUUGUACAUGGCAGAUGGAACUAUACCCGUACGGCGAAGUUCAUCCUUUGGACCUUCUGGAAGGAGAUGUUCUUCUACAUGAUGCAGGCUCUGUAUACCCGGCCAGCUGGCUAUACAGGGACGAGUCUGUACGAGAAUUGGAGUUUGACAGUUCUGAACACUCUGUUCACCUCGCUUUGCACGAUCGUGCCUGGUAUCUUUGAGCAGGAUCUCAAGGCUGAGACAUUGCUCGCUGUACCUGAGCUUUACGUCCUUGGACAAAGGAACAAAACUCUCAAUAUGCCGGACUAUGUGCUCUGGGUGCUACUUGCUACUAGUCAAGGUAUGAUCGUGUGGUUCGUGGCGUGGGCGGGUUUCGGCAAGGGUGCACAGAUGAGCGAUAACGGACUCUUUGCGCUUGGUGACUUGUGCUUCACUUUGGGAAUCUGCUGGACCAACCUCAAGCUUCUGAUCCUGGAGACGCACUACAAGACGCGGAUCGUGGCGGUCUCAUUCACCAUCACAGUAGGAGGAUGGUUCGCGUGGAACAGUUUCAUGUCUGCUGUCUACUCCGAUAAUAUCUCGCCAUACGACGUCAAAGGUGGCUUCUCAUCGACUUUCGGUAACGAUCCGGCCUGGUGGGCUACACUCGUCAUUGCGUUGGCGAUCUUGACGAUCAUGGAGAUGGGAUACAGGAGUCUGAGGCAGUAUCUGCUUGUUAGUGGGUAUUGGCCUUUGUGGAAGGAAUUCAGAGGCGAGAGCGUGGACAGAGAUGUCAAUGCCGAGGAGCUGGAUGUCAGACUAUGGCAGGCUUUCGAGAGGCAAGGUUGUGUUGACCAGGGACUACGAAGAAGAUAUCGUGAUGAUGAGAAUGAUUUGGAUGAUGCAUGA